GGUGUGUCACAUGUCGCAAACUGCGUGGCACCCCCCAAACACAGGAGAUGGCCGACCUUCCGGCAGACCGCCUCUCUACCGAACCUCCAUUCACGAACGUGGGCAUCGAUGUGUCCGGACCAUGGACCGUAUCAUUACGCCGUACGAGAGGUGGCCUCGCUCACAGUAAGCGGUGGGCAGUGUUAUUUACGUGCACGAGUGUACGAGCUGUCCACAUCGAAGUCAUUGAGUCCUUAGACACCUCCAGCUUCAUCAGUGCCCUCCGGCGUUUCCUUGCCGUCAGGGGCCCUGUGAAGCUCAUCCGUUCCGAUCGAGGAACCAACUUUGUCGGCGCUUGUAAGGAGUUGAAGAUCCCCUCGAACGUCGACAACGCUUCGGUCGAGAAGUUCCUCCUGGACCAAGGAUGUGUAUGGAAGUUCAAAGUUCCACACGCCUCUCACAUGGGCGGUUCGUGGGAGAGGAUGAUUGGAGUAGCACGAAAGAUCCUGGACUCAAUGUUCCUCCAGCUUGGGACUUCGAGACUCAGCCACGAAGCACUCUCCACACUGAUGGCGGAGGUGGCUGCGAUCAUCAACGCCAGACCUCUGAUUCCAGUGUCUACUGACGAUCCUUUCAUUCUUACUCCAGCAACCCUCCUCACCCAGAAGGUGAGUGUACCUUCAGCCCCAGUCGGUGACUGGAUCAAAGACCUCCACAAGUCCCAGUGGCGCCAAGUCCAACAUCUGGCCCAAACGUUCUGGGAUAGAUAGAAGAAGCAAUACCUCGCAUCACUUUAGCCGCGACAGAAGUGGCAGGCUCCCACCCCAGACAUCCAGCCUGGGAGCAUUAUCCUUCUCAAAGACAAUCAGCUUGUGAGAAACGAGUGGCCUCUGGGACUGAUUACUCAGGUCUUCCCCAGCAACGAUGGCAUGGUACGUAAAGUCGAGGUCAAGGUCUCCAAGACGGGCGGGACAAAACUGUACCAGCGUCCCAUCUCCGAGACGGUCCUCCUUCUUGCCCCUGAUAAGAAACAGUAAGAACUGUAUCAUGGACCUUUAAGGUUGUGGCAAAAUGCCAGACAGGGAGUGUCAUGUCUUUCAUGUCUUUGUAGUCUGUGAUCAGUGUUAAGAUAGAGUAGGUCACAUGACUAGAAUCAGGAAGUAAGCGCAGGUUUCAGCACAGUGUUUAAAGAGAACGCUGCUUGUUCUAUUCUCUCCUGCAGUUCGGCAAAACCACUACCUACAUUUUGUGUUAUACAAGGCAUCGUUGGUAUGUAUCUUUGUUUAAGUUAUUAUGGAUCGAAAUAGAUCUUUUGAGUUCUGAAAUUAUAGUUUUCUGUGAUGUUAGACGAUAGGAUAGAAGCAUGAUUGAGAUUUCAUAUUGAUUUAAUUCAUUUAGUUCGUAUGACUGAUUAUACAAUGUGGUUUGUA